GAUCAUUCCGCUCUAGUCUUCUGUGUUACGUACGUCGCCGAUAUAUUGUGAAUUAUUGGGAAAAUUUCCAAUAAUAUUCAACGGCAUGGUUUUAAACCAAAACUAAAGGGUCCGAAUGGGAGACUCCGCCAGGGCAACGGAGAAAAAGCCCAACAGGAGGCCGAAAAACCGGAACAAAAACAAAACUUGCCGAGACUUUUACGUGUCCGAUGUGACUCCUUUCCAGAUUCAACUAGAGUCUUGCGAGCAGCUGCUGGAGAAGGAGGGCGAGGUCUUUGUCCACGGCGUCGGCCCGUUGAUUUGCUCUGCAAUUAAUUUGGCUCUCCAGAUUGAAACAGGACACCCUGAGGGCACUUAUAAAACCAGCACGACCACCUCAACUGUCGAUACAAUAGACGAAAUCGGGGAUCGCCGACCUGGUUCUGCAGUCUCAAUCAGGAUUAUCCGCCUGGCAAAGCCAUGAUCUUCUCCCUGAAGGAAAUAACCCUGUGGCUGGGCAUCACCCUGUUUGAAAUAUGGAUCGGCUUGCUGUCCCUGCUGGUGUUUGUGAUCCUUUUAGGCCUGCGCUCCGAAGAAUACCUCACCGGCACCUCGUGGUGGCUGAUCUUCAUGCCUCUGUUCAUGGCUGACGGACUGAACGCCUACUUCUGCAUCAUUGUGCUCAUCAGAAUGUAUUUAGAGGGACUGUACAAAACCGCCCUCUUCAGGGCUUCGUGGAGCUUUGCCCUGCUUUCUUUGGUUUUCGUGUUCCAGUUUCUGCUCUGUCGCAAACUGGCCAUGGCCAACACGUUCGAGUACACGGAAAUCAUGUCUCCGCUCUUCAUCGUCCUGCAACUUAUUGCUGUCAGAGCCUGUCAGAUUAAUUAGAUGCUAUUUGUGUUCUGUGAUCGUUUCCCUAUGCUGAGAAUAAAUGAUUCAUAUAUUAAGUCACUAUGUAGGAAAGUG